AUGGAAUGUUUAAUUGAUUGGUGGGUAUCUGUGUUCACCAGUAAACCCGGUGCACGUUAUCCAAGUCUUAGUGACAUGUCCGCUCGAGCCAGAAAACAAAAAGCUGCGGAAUCUGAGAAAAACGAAAGUAGUCCGACAUCGUUCUCUCGAUCCGUUACGAUUGAACGCAGCCAUACAUCAUCAAGUGGGAGUCCUCGCAAAAGUUAUUCUCGCAGUGAAAGAUCUAGUAGCCCUUUGACUAUUAGUCGAUCUGAAGAAAAAGAUGAACUUGCCCAUCUGAAUGAUCGCCUUGCGGGCUACAUCGACUACGUUCGAAAACUGGAGCUUGAUAAACAAAAGCUUACUAGACGUAUACAGACCGUUACAGAAGAACGAAUGAGUAAAGUUGAGGAAGCCAGGAAAACAUAUGAAGAUGAGAUUACAGCCUUAAGAAAUUUGGUUGAUGAUCUGGCUAAACAAAAGUCAAAAGCCGAGCUAGAUUCCAAGCAAAUGAGAGAUGAGUUGAACGACGUAAAGAUGAAGGCGAACAAACGAGAUCAAGAGAAUCGUAAUUUACAGAGAAAGAUAGAAAAUCUUGAAAGGGAACUGAGUAAAUAUAAACAAGAUCAUGAUGCUUACCAGCCUCUUCUUAGUGACUACCAUGUUUUAGAAAAACGGUUCGAAGAAAUGAAACGAGACCUUGAGGCCGAGACACUACUUCGGACUGAUUUGGAAAACAAAAUCCUCGGUCUUAAAGAGCAGUUAGAUUUCCGUUCUCGGUUAUUCGAUGAAGAACGUGAAAAGUUAGUUGAACGCAGUUUAUACAUUGAAGAAGAGGUCGAAGGACGCAAACAAGCUGAAUACGAAAGUCGAUUAACAGAGGAGCUAAGAUCAAUUAGAGACCAAACCGCUUCUGAAUUAGAAGAGUACAAAAUACAAAUGGAAGAAACGUUUGAGAGCAAACUGGGACAGUUGAAGUCAUCAGCUAAUUUUAGUGCAGAAGAUGCUAGUCGCCAGCGAUCUGAGCUGUUGAUAGCUCGCAAACGUGCUGAUGAACUUUCCCACGAUUUAUCCAAGAAAAUCGCUGAGCUGGAAUUGCUUCAACGACGAGUAGCAGAUCUUGAGCGGCAGUUAACUGAUGAACGGAAAGAUUUUGAAUCGCAACUUCUUUUCCAACGCCAAGAAGUAAACAGAUUAAAGAAGAAUUGGAAGAAAGUUUCCGUGAAUUUACCGACCUCAUGA